AUGUCUUCCUCAGCAUUGCCGCCAUCGACUUCGAGCACGGUUACUCCUCCCUGGUCGUUGCCGGUCACCCCUCCCAGUCCCGCUACUGAGAGCGCGCUUCACGCCCAGCGAGUCUCGCAGUUGUCUUCGUUCUUCUCUUUGCCCCGCUUUGCCUCUCUCCAGCGCCCCUAUACGCCGGAGUCUGUCGUCUCUAAACAAGGAUCAUUACCACCACUGCCGCUUCCCUCUAAUCUUCUCGCAGACAAGCUAUAUGCGCUGUUUGAGGAACGGUCAAAGCAAGGGGUCGGGGUGAAGACCCUUGGCGUAGUGGACCCGGUGCAGAUGACCCAGACAGCGAGAUUAGGACUGGAAGUCGCAUAUGUGAGCGGAUGGGCAUGCAGUAGUCUGCUAACCACAGGUAACAACGAAGUCGGCCCGGAUCUGGGAGACUACCCGUACACUACGGUUCCCAAUCAGGUGCAUCGUAUAUUCCGCGCCCAGCAGCUGCAUGACAGGAAGCAUUAUGACGAACGAUUCAAUGCCUCAGAGGGAGAACGCGCCAAGAUGCCGUACAUUGACUAUCUGCGACCCAUAAUUGCAGAUGCUGACACUGGGCAUGGCGGCACCUCCGCUGUUAUGAAGCUUGUCAAGUUAUUCGCUGAAUCGGCGGCCGCCGGCAUCCAUCUUGAAGACCAACUCCACGGAGGGAAGAAGUGCGGCCAUCUCGCAGGAAAGGUCCUCGUCCCAACCUCAACGCACGUCUCGCGCCUCAUCGCCUCCCGCUUCCAACUGGACAUCCUCCAGUCAACGAUGCUCCUGAUCGCCCGUACCGACGCCGAGUCGGGCAAGCUCAUAUCCAGCACCGUCGACCGUGCGGACGCCGCGUUCGUCAAGGGCGUCGUGACGAAGAAUCGGGGAGAGAAGGGCCUGGCUGAUGUCAUCGCUGAGGCGGAGAUGCGGGGCGCUAGCGGGAAGGAGGUGGAUAAGGUCGAGAAGGAGUGGAUGGACUCGCACCCGUUGGUCACCUUUGGUCAAGGUCGGUUUGCUUAUGCCAAGGACAUCUUGAUCCCCAAGAAAGACGCCUAUGCUAAGUUCUUGGACGCUUCCAGCGGCAAGUCCAACCCCGAAGCACGAGAAAUCGCGCGAGACAUAGUCGGCGAAUGGGUCGGCUGGGACUGGGAUUUGCCUAGAACUCGGGAGGGUUACUACCACUUCACCGGUGGGCUGGAGUGUGCUAUCCAGCGGACCUUGACCUACGCACCUUACGCUGACCUCGUCUGGCUGGAAACAAAGACACCCGACCUUGAACAAGCUCGCUAUUUCGCGAGGAAGAUCCGGGAGAAGUAUCCUGGCAAGUGGUUGGUGUACAAUCUGAGUCCCAGCUUCAACUGGAGUGCACAUGGGUUCAAUGAUACCGAUCUAAAGAACUUCACGAAUGAACUGGGCAAGGAAGGGUUCGUGCUCCAAUUGAUAUCUUUGGCCGGCUUACACAGUAAUGGUGCUUCAAUGGCUGAGCUUGCCGGCCGAUACAAAGAGGAUGGCAUGCUCGCCUAUGUCGAACUCGUGCAACGCAAGGAGAAGGAAAUCGGUUGCGAUGUGCUCACACAUCAGAAAUGGAGUGGCGCAAACUAUAUCGAUCGCAUCUUGAAUACUGUCUCCUCGGGCUCCUCAGCUACGUCGUCGAUCGGAGCAGAUUCCACCGAGCACCAGUUCUGA